GAGUCCGGGGACGCGAUGUGUCUUCUCCUGGGAGCCUCGGGUGUCGGGAAAACGCUGUUGGUGAAAAGGCUGCAGAAGCUGAGCUCCGGGGAUGGGAAGGGCGACCUGGGCGAUGCUCCCCCGACGCGCCCCACGGUGGGCACCAACCUUACUGACAUCGUCGUCCAGAGAAAGAUUACCAUCCGGGAGCUGGGGGGGUGUAUGGGCCCCAUCUGGUCCAGCUACUUUGGAAAUUGCCACUCUCUCCUGUUCAUGAUGGACGCCGCUAACCCCACUCAGCUGUCCGCGUCCUGUGUGCAACUCCUGGGCCUCCUUUCCGCAGAACAACUCGCAGAAGCAUCCGUCUUGAUUCUCUUCAAUAAGAUCGAUCUGCCCUGUUACAUGACCGUAGACGAGAUGAAGUCAUUGAUCAGGCUCCCAGACAUCAUUGCCUGUGCCAAGCAGAACAUCACCACGGCCGAAAUCAGCGCCCAGAAGGGCACUGGUUUAUCGGAGGUGCUGCGCUGGCUCCAGGACACCCACAGAACUGACAGGCGACUGCCAGGAGGAGAACCGUGACCGGCUGGCUCUGGGGAGGAGGCAGAGAACCGCACCGCUUGGCCUCUGGCGAUCUGUUCUCAUCAGGGACAGGACGACCCGACGUGAGCCUAGGAGAUGGGCUCCUGUCCUGAGUGGCGGUGAUGGGUGACUGGCCUCUGAACGAAAAGAUCGUCCCCAGGGCUGGGAGAGGAGGACGGGCUUGCAGGCGGCUGCGUGUCCUGCCGCCAUCCUGGGAUGUGCUUCCCGCCCAUUGGGAAAGGAGCUCUACUUUCCUGACGGUGUUUGCACCGCCUGGGACCAGACUUGUUCUGGGGACUGUGGCACAAAGUUGUAAAGUUGUACCUGUGGAGUUUCCCACAUGCCGACAAUGUGGCCUCCGUUGUGUGAGGCCGUCAUCUUAGGAAGAACUGAGCCUGGAGUCGGGACAAGAGUAGUGUCUUCAUUCGUUCAGCAAACGUACAUCACCCCGAGGAGGGCACGGGGCUCCCGCGGGUCGGUGCGAGUGGGAGCGGCCCUGCUAGAGCACAGGGGGUGCUGUGCUCAGCUGAGGGGGCUCACGGGGGGGGGGGGGCGGGGGGAUACCUACUGGUGUAUUCGUGUCCUAGAGCCUUCGUGACAAAUUAGCCCAAACCUGGUGGCUUAAAACAAAAAUUUGUUCUGACAGUUCUGGAGGCCAAAGCUGAAAUCGAUGUCAGCAGGGCUGGAGGCUCUGAGGGGAGAGCGCAUUCCUUGCCUCUCUCCUGGCUUCCAGCGGCUGCUGUACUUCUUGCCGUGACCUGGCUUGUCACACACAGAACUAGGGUCCCUGCCUGUCUUCCCACGGCUGCUGCUCCCUAUGGGGACACCCGUUACUGGAUUUAGAAGCCACCCUAAAUCCAGGAUGAUCUCUUGAGGUCCACGAUUACGUGUGCAAAAGCCCUUUUCUGAAGUAAGGGGACACUUGCAUGUUCCCGGUCGCAGGGAGACCUCUUUAGGGCCGCCGUCCAGCCCACUGCAGUUGGCCAAGAAGCCUCUACUCCUGGGCGUGGUUGAGUUUCCGACAAACGGCUUUCUCCAGCUCAGCUGGCAGCAGAGGCUGGCUGGACCACAAAAGAAUGCCAGGCAUCUGUUGUCUUGCUUCCUGCGUGCAGGGCACCAGGCCCAGGGCCUCCUCCCGCACACGGUUUCCUGUUGGCCACUCUGCUGGGGUGUUCGCUCGGGGGUUGCGAGUGAUGCCUCAGAAAGGCUCUUGCAUAGACUGCGGGGUAAUUUGGGCUCGAGUCUCUCCCCGACCCCCACCCCGUGGAAGCGACAAACCCCCUCCUCUCUGGGAAGGGCACCACUGCUCCAGGGGUCCCACUGUGCAGCUGUAGACGCGGUGGUCUCCAUCCCGUGGGCGAGUCCUGGUGGAUGUCACGGACAACCUGGCAUCCAGGGUGAAUGGGCUUUCCUCACACCUCCCACCUUCAGAGAGCUCCGUGUGCUCAGGGGACAUGCACUUUGUUCUGUCUCUAGGGGUGACCCCCAGCUCAGGGUCCAUCUCUGAGAUUUGGGCCUGGUAAUCUCUUAUGGCAAAGCCAUGGGCCGAGUUGGUGAGUUUGGGGGUGACUGACAGGCCUGAGCAAAGCUGACACAUGAACUGUUUUGAAAGGCAAAUUUCCUCCCACCACAACCCAUUUCUACCUUCCUGCUUUUGUGCCGUGCUUGGCGAGGAGCCCAGGGACGUGGGUAUUUCUCAGGGACUGUGUUCACCCCUGGUCCUGCCCCUGCCUACCCGCUGCGCUCUGGGGGGGACCCCUGCCUACAGUAAUGGCAGCCAGCACCCCUGCCACCCCAUGCAGGGGACGGGCCCUGCCACACAGAAACACGUUCCUGAGAAGGUAAUAGCUCUGAUCUCAAAUACAGCUUCAACGUAAAA